AUGACCGACACUCUAAUGCCGUCUUCCCCUCAAAUGGAGGCUGAGCGCAAGUUCGAGAGAGAGAAAUCGAAGAAGCCCGAUCCCAUAUCGGUUGCGAGUGGCUCCAAACUAGCCUCCCCAUUCCCGUCCCCUACCGAAGCCAAGCGACCUGCUUCGGUAAAGCAGGCUCAGCACACCGAAGCGAGCCAAGAGAAUAAGGUACCGGAUCAUCUCCAACUGUCUAAAGAGCCGGAAAGUCCUCUUGAGAGCAAGGAGAACACAUCGCCGACGCAGCGUGGCUCACCCAGGGAGUGGUCAUCCCUGAGCAGCCGGCCACCGAAUAGGUCUAAUACUGACGAACAGCCGCCGUCGCUAAGCCGCAGCAGACAGCAAUCAUCAGGCCAUGGGAUGUCUCCCCCUUCCCGCGCUCCCAGUGUUCAGUUCCGCGACCCUGAAAACGAAGCCACGGAGCCGCCCCCGUCACGGCCGCAGUCUCGAGCCUCCUCUUUGAACGGCGAUGACGGAGAUCAAUCAAAGGGGAAACAGUCUAUUCUCAAUCGCUUGAACGGAGCCACAAUCGGCGACAUUCGGCCAGGCCAACCUGACCUCGUUACUCCGGGCUCGGAACGGGGCGAUUUUCUCUUCCCUGUCCCUGAACCUCUGGCUGAAGAGGGAAGUGACAUUGAUGCCGAUGCCGAGGAAAGCGGCGGCGAGCAGCGGGACCUUGCCAAGAAGAAGAAGAUCCUACGUCGACGACAAGAACAGGACGACGAAGCUGGGACUCGUACUGCCCCAACGACGCCAAAGACUACACGCCGACCUUCCUUUCACUUUUCGUCCUCGUUUGCUCCCUUUGAGAACUACCGCAACAACAUAUUCCCUCGAAGAGGUAGCACUACUGAGUUUACUGCUCAAAACCGGGAAGGUGUAUCGGAGGAUGAAGGUCGUGACAGGCUCACCCGGCGAAGGCGAUCUGCCUGGGCCGGAAACCGCGGAAUGUCGUAUAUUGGUCGGCAGCAGGACGGAAACCAAGAGGAACAGCAGCGGCCGAGUAACUUGAGGAGACUCACGGGCCUUGCUGGUCCAUCUGAAAAUCCCGAAAGUCUUGCAGCUACCUGGAGACGGCACCGGGGCGACCGGGGUACCAGCGCCGGUGCCCAGCGAUGGAGACAAAUCAAAGCCGGCUUCAAGUUCAUGGGCCAGCGUCGUAAAGGCGACAACGCAGUGGAUAAUAAGAAAUCUGCAGAAUUGCUUGCCGAGCUGGCCUCGGCUGUCCCCGCUGCUCUAAUCUUGGCUAGUUUCUUUCAGAGGGAUGAACAUGGAAGCAAACGGAUUCCGAUUCUUUUGGAGCAACUGAAGGUACGUGUGACAGAUAGCCGCAUCGACUCGAAUUCUGGCGAUCGUCACCUAGUAUUUCGAAUCGAAAUGGAGUAUGGAAGUGGCAUGACUCGAAUGAAAUGGAUCAUCCACAGAACUUUGAGAGAUUUUGCCAACCUGCACUUGAAGUACAAACUUCACCUCGGAACUCAGAAAUACAUCCAGCUUCGGGCAAGUGAGAAUAGCCCCAGCCUUCCUCGUUUCCCGAGAAGCGCUUUCCCUUACAUGCGAGGCGUACGUGGAUUAGAAAGCGAGUUCGAGGAUGAGGAGGACGAUGGUGGGUAUGAAACUGGCCCUGAGGGAAUGAGCGGUACAGAUCGACCCGGGAAAAAGAAGCAGCGUCGACCUUCAGGAGUUGGUCCUUUGGCUCGCAGGAAAUCGAGUAUCACCAACCAGGAGGGCGAGUCGGCCGCGGGUCCUUCAUCCGUCCAUGAAGGAAUGGGCGGCAAGAGAGAAACCUACCCAGAGAGACAGCGAAAGAAGCUUGAGAUGUACUUGCAGAAGAUGAUCCGGUUCCUCAUUUUCCGGGCUGACAGUAACCGCCUGUGCAAGUUCCUCGAAUUAUCUGCUCUAGGCGUUCGUCUCGCCGCGGAAGGAAGUUAUCAUGGCAAAGAGGGCUUUUUGAUCAUCCAAUCAUCAAAGGGUCUCGACUUCCGAAGGGCCCUGACACCGUCUCUGAUUAAGAAGCGUCACUGGCCCAAGUGGUUCCUUGUUCGCCACAGCUACGUUGUCUGCGUUGAUUCACCAGAGGAGAUGAACAUUUACGAUGUCUUCUUGGUGGAUUCCAACUUUAAAAUUCAGACGCAGAAGAUCAGCCUUCGCAACCAAAAAGCGAAAGAGCUGGCCAAGUCGGCAAAGCAGUCGGCAAGACACCCUCAGCACCACACUCUUCGGCUUGAGAAUUCCGAACGCAAGUUGAAGUUGUUGGCUCGGAAUGAACGCCAGCUGCAGCAGUUUGAAGACUCAAUUCGCUUUAUGGCUCAAAAUACUCCGUGGAUGCGGCCGAAUCGUUUCGACAGCUUUGCGCCUGUUCGACAAAAGUGCUUUGCUCAAUGGCUAGUUGAUGCACGCGAUCAUAUGUGGGUGGUCUCAAGAGCGAUCAAUCAAGCAAAGGAUGUCAUCUAUAUUCACGACUGGUGGUUGAGUCCGGAACUAUACAUGCGGCGACCUGCAGCCAUCAGUCAGAAAUGGCGGUUGGAUCGUCUGCUCCAGAAGAAGGCUCGUGAAGGCGUGAAGAUUUUCAUUAUCAUGUACCGGAACAUCAACUCUGCGAUCCCGAUUGACUCGGAGUACUCCAAGUUUUCCCUCCUUGAGCUCCACCCCAACAUCUUUGUCCAGAGAUCUCCAAAUCAGUUCCGUCAAAACACCUUCUUCUGGGCACAUCACGAGAAAUUGUGCCUAAUAGAUCAUACCCUUGCUUUCGUGGGAGGCAUUGACCUGUGUUUUGGACGUUGGGAUACACCUCAGCAUCACCUUACCGACGAUAAGCCCACUGGCUUUGAAAACUCCGACACCGCCAAAGAUGCCGACAACUGUCAGCUCUGGCCUGGCAAAGACUACUCCAACCCUCGGAUUCAAGAUUUUUAUGACUUGGAUAAACCAUACGAGGAGAUGUACGAUCGCAAUGUUGUGCCGCGUAUGCCUUGGCACGAUAUUUCGAUGCACGUGGUGGGCCAACCUGCCCGCGAUCUUACUCGGCAUUUCGUUCAGCGCUGGAACUACAUCCUUCGCCAGCGCAAGCCAACUCGACCAACACCUUUCCUUCUGCCUCCUCCGGAUUUCAACCCGGCUGAUCUCGAGGCUUUGGGUCUGGAUGGAACCUGUGAGGUUCAGGUCCUACGCUCCAGCAGUAUGUGGUCGACUGGAACGCCCGAUGUCACAGAACAUAGCAUCAUGAAUGCCUACGUCAAACUCAUUGAAGAGUCUGAGCACUUUGUCUACAUUGAGAAUCAAUUCUUUAUCAGUACCUGUGAAAUCGAUGGCAGGAAGAUUGAAAAUCUGAUUGGAGACGCAUUGGUUGAACGUAUUGUUCGAGCAGCCAAGAACGAAGAAGCGUGGCGCGCCGUUAUCGUCAUUCCCCUCAUGCCAGGCUUCCAGAACACCGUUGAUAGUGAAGGUGGAACGAGCGUGCGUCUGAUCAUGCAGUGUCAAUACCGCAGUAUCUGCCGUGGCGAGACUUCAAUCUUUGGUCGUCUCCGGGCGCUGGGAAUCGAACCGGAGGACUAUAUCCAAUUCUACAGUCUACGAGCCUGGGGCAAAAUCGGACCGACUAAGCAGUUGGUGACGGAGCAGCUCUACAUUCACGCAAAAUGCAUGGUCGUCGAUGAUCGUGCAGCCAUCAUUGGAUCUGCAAAUAUCAACGAACGAUCAAUGCUGGGAUCCCGUGAUUCCGAGGUGGCAGCCGUGGUGCGGGACACAGACAUGAUCCAGUCGACUAUGAAUGGCAAACCCUACCUUGUCGGAAGAUUCCCCCACACUCUUCGUAUGCGCCUUAUGCGGGAACACUUGGGAAUAGAUGUUGACGAGCUUUUGGAACAUGAUUUCGCCACAGAAGAAGAAUUGCGCAAGAUCCAGGUCGAUGAAGAAGACGCUCGACCAGCCGGUGAUCGAGAAAGACGAGGCUCCGAGUCGUCCAUGAUUGAGCGCCAAGACGAAAGAGACAUGAUCGAACGUCGUCAUCGUGUCCAGGAUGAGUUCUUGUCCCGCUCUGAAGAAAUGCACAGCUUCAACCACGACGUUGACUGGGAGCAAGGCAACAACCCAAACCUCAAGAGUAAUCGGAGACUCACUACCGAUCCACGAGUCACGGAUAACCCCGAUCACAAGAAAGACGUGGAUGGUGAUGGCUUUGACAACUUGAGAGCUGCCGAGAAAGCUGGUUUGGGAGUUGGCCGUGACUCACUGGUGACCCCUGAUGGCAAGGAAGCCCUGGUCUCCCCAAUUUCUUCUGAAGGCAAGGGCACUAUCGAUCAGCCCAGGCCAUCGUCUCAGCGCAAGUCCACCCAAUCAAUAUCGACCCGCAAGAAUGGGAAUGGAAUUUCGGGCGAGCCCGUUCGGGAUUCAGAGGGCAAUACGAACUCCGAGACUCCUUUGCAUACUCACGGUGUCUCUGGGUCAUCGAGCCGUGAGUCUGAGGUUGAGAGUGCGAGUCUGAUGGUGUCUCAGGAAACCCGCGAUAUCCCCAAGUUUGGACAACCGUUUACGCCAGACCUGAAGCGUAUCUUCAUCGACAAGGACUGCAUGAAAGACCCCGUAAACGACGGUUUCUAUUUAGACACCUGGCAAGCGGUUGCUGAGAAGAACACGAAGAUCUACCGCUCUGUCUUCCGGUGCAUGCCCGACAGUGAGGUCAAGAAUUGGAAGGACUAUAAGGAAUAUGCCGCAUAUGGAGAGCGCUUCUCUGAGAUGCAAAGCCAGCAGAGCAGCAAGCCGACCAACCAGCCUUGUCAAAGACAUACCGGCCCUCCCGGAGCUCAUUCUUCUACGGCUGGAGUUCCACUUACAUCACCAGUUUCUCUUGUCAGCCCAAAGACUGAAGGGCUAGUGAGCGAACUGAAGCCCCGUCAAACUAUUGACGAGAAGGCCGAGCUCAAGACGCAAGAUCCUCAGCGAAGUGGGUCUGACCGACCACAGUCCGAGCUUAUCCAGAGCGAGACAUUGCCGCCCCUUGAUGAAAAGACCGCCUUGAAGGCGGCAUCUGAGCCCCACCUGUUGAGCAGCGUGCAGAACAGCGAAGAUAAUGCCGCUGGAGAUGAUGCUGAGAAGCCGCGCUCGAAUUUUGCACAUGUCGACUAUUCUGAGGCAGUGAAUCUGAAUGCGUCUCAAUCGCGGAGACGCAGACGUCGAGCCACUACUAUUGGUUCUAAGGCCCAUGAAGAUGUAAUGGACAAAACGCGCGCGGAGGAUCUUUUGAACAAGGUUCAGGGCCACCUUAUUCUCUGGCCAUAUGACUGGCUUGAGAAGGAAGAGCAGGGUGGAAACUGGCUUUACGCCUUGGAUCAAAUAUCGCCUCUGGAGAUCUACAAUUAA